AGGGAAUGUACGGCGAAUAUCAACGAGUUACAAAUUCAGGAAUGUCCUUGGCACUGGGUCAUUUACUGUUGAGCCACCAAAAGCGGUAGGAAUAGCGAGCAGUCGAGGGCAACGACUGUAUCAAGAGGAUGCACUAUCCGCGAAAGUUCUCAAUUUACCAAUGACACCUUCAAUGAAAGACAAUCAGUGUGCGUAUUUUGGGAUAUUCGACGGACAUGGCGGUCCAUUCGUUUCACAAUACUUACGUGACCAUCUGGCGAAUUUAAUUGAACGUAUUAGUAAACGUGAUUGGAGCCUACUUGAUUAUUUCCGCGUAUAUGGAAAUUAUUUCCCCUACGACAAAGGGCAUAGCGGUGAACUGACUAUUAAAGAGCGUCUCAUGCUCGCUUUCUUGAAGGCUGAUAAAGCUGCGAUAACAGAUGCACAAAAUAGGGCCUACAUGUGUGGCUCGACGGCAUCCGUUCUUCUCCUACAGAGUUUAGAUGACCCCCCAGCAUCUUAUGCAUUUAGUGGACGUCUGCAAAUGUCAACUGCUCACUGUGGUGAUACUGCAAUUCUCCUCGUUAAGGCUCACUCAGGCACUGUUGAGCGUCUUACAGAUGACGACCACGCUGAUAAUAUAGGCGAGGCAGCUAGGUUGAAACACUUUCGUGGUGCUCUCGUUCAGGAUAGCUACGGUGAAAGUAGACUACUAGGCCAGAUCGCGAACACUCGUAGUAUUGGCGAUGCAAAGUACAAAUCCUGGGGUGUUACUGCUGAACCGCACACCAGAAGUUCAGAAAUCGACGGGCGGAAUUACAGUCUAGCGAUAUUAGUCAGUGAUGGCAUCCUCAAUACUAUAUCUAUACAGGAAAUUGCUGAUGUAGCUCGUUCGAAAUUUGCUCAACAGCUUGUACGUGGUCGCGCAGCACAGGCAGCAGCGCAAGCAGUUGUAGAUUUUGCCAUAGACGUAGGCGCGGAUGACAAUUGCUCUGCGCUCGCUGUACCUCUCCCCGGAUUUAUGACCGCAGGUAAAGGUCGAGACAAGACUCGCGAUUUACGUGAUUAUAGAUUGCAGCUUGCAAAUGAUCCAGAUAGUGUCAGACAGAGAAGACAGUAACUUUGUAAUUUAUGUAUUAUUCUAUAUCAUCAGUUUACAUGACUGCUGCUUGUUGAUCACGCCAUGAUUCGAAACUGGUUAGCAUCUCAGUCGUAAUCCGGCGUCUGACUGCCCAGCACGCGUCGAUAAAAUGUUGCUUCUUAAC